UUUCUUGUAUUUAAAAAACUGAAAAUUACUGUUUAGUAUAAAUUUUAAUAUUUACUAUAUUUAAUAAUUAUUAAAUAAAGUAUUGCAGCAAUCAUAAUUAUGCCAUUAAAUAUGGAUUUUCAUGGAUGUAAUUGUAAAAAUGUAACAAUUACAGAGGGAAUAUUUGGAGAAGUCUGGAUUGAUAAUAAAGAUCAAAUUUUUAAUGACCCCCUACCAAAAAUGAUAAAAUCAUAUACUAUGAUAAAUACUAAUCGAAUGGAAGUUGUUGUUAUUACCUGGGGUGCUACAAUUGCAUCAUUAAAAUGUCCAGAUAAAUAUGGACAUUCCGUUGAUAUUGUCCUUGGUUUUGAUGAUAUGAAAGGAUAUUCAAAUCCUAUAACAAACCCAUUUAUUGGGUGUAUAUUAGGCAGAUGUGCAAAUCGUAUUAAAGAUGGACAUAUCACUAUUAGAAGCAGAGAUUAUGAAUUAACAAAAAAUGAUUUUAAUGGAAAACAUCAUUUACAUGGAGGGACAAAUGGAUUUGGACGUAAAGUUUGGGAUUCCUAUAUUGCUGGCUGUUCAGUUGUUAUGAGUUACUUAAGUCAAGAUGGUGAAGAGGGUUAUCCAGGUGCAGUAUUAACUACAAUAAAGUUUAAAUUGACUCCAGAAAAUAAGCUUAACAUAUGUAUGAGAGCAACAACUUCAAAGCCAACAAUAGUGAAUUUAUCACAUGGUUCUAUGUUUAAUUUAGCUGGACAUGAUUCUGGAGAACUUGAAUUACGAAAACAUAAAGUAUUAUUGAAUUGUGAUCGUUGGACAUUUGCGGAUUACACAGAUCCAGUUCCAACAGGUGCUAUACAUGGUGUAGGUGGAACAGCGAUGGACUUUCGAAUACCCCGAAUUUUAGGAGAAUACAUGGGCAAAAUACCACCUGGAGAGGGUUAUGAUCAUAAUUUAUGUGUCACAAAAAGUGGACAAUCUGGUAGUUCAUUUGUUGCCAAAGUAUGGCAUGUAAAAAGUGGACGUGCUUUAGAAAUUUAUUCAGAUCAACGUGGAGUACAGUUUUAUACUGGAGGUCGUUUACCACCUUAUAUUAUUCCAGAAUUUUUAUCUAGUUAUGAUUUAUUAGAAGUAAAUCAAUAUGUUAAUUGCCAACAACAUUCUACUUAUGUAAACAUUAACUUGUAUAUCAUAAAUUUAACUGUAUUGCAGGACAUUGAAGAAGCUGAAGAAAUUGGUGAAGUUUAUAAAACUGAUGAUAAAGAUGAGGAAGAAAUGAAAGUUGUAAAACGUUAUAAAAAAAUAACUGUGCCAAAAAAAUUAGAAUUUAUUUUAGGAAAACAUGGAACUCAUUAUAAAAAAUACUGUGCUUUUAGUAUUCAACCACAAAAUUAUCCUAAUGCAAUACAUUAUUCACAUUUUCCAUGUUCUAUAUUAUAUCCUGGUCAAGUUUAUUAUCAUGAUCUGACAUAUAAGUUUGAAGUGCAUCUUGCAAAUUAUAUGUAAGAGCUAUACAAUUUAAAUCUAUAUUAAAAAAAUGACCUGUGAUAAAAUAGUUUUAGUAAUGUAAUAGUAAUUAAUUAA